GACAGCUGACAGAAGAGAUAAGCGUUAGGUAACCUGUAUAGCUCCCCCACUACUAGCUGCUGCUCCGAUAACCGAUAGGCAGAAAGGAUUGAUUCGCUGGAAUUCGGCGUCUACAUGGCGGUUCCACAAACCAGAUUACUGAUUAAUUCCAUUUCAUGUGCUACAAAUACGCCGUAGUAAUAGCAUUUUUGAUCAAUUUUUCAAUUUUAAAGUGUAGUGUAUCGUGUAUGGGAACAUCAUAAUCGUAGGGAGUUAUUAUAAAAUAUCGUGAUCUCAGAUCUGCGGAAUUGAAGUUAUCAUUACAAGAAGAUGAGUGCUCGAAACAACGGCCAUAAUGUCGACUGUCCACGGAGGAAUGAAAAUAACCGAAGAGACCGUAGGAGCAGUUCUUCAAGUCGCGAUGAAGAAUUCCAUAUGAUGAAAAGAAAGAUAGCCCAACUUCAGCAAGAGGUCAACAUUCUCAAGCGAAAAAGAACGGUGAGUCCUGGAUACGAAGAAAGAGACGACGGUUUUCAAAGGAGAAAAGAAAAAUGGCUGAGAGAACGGUUCGGUCGAUACGGCAAUUCUUCCGGCAGCGACAACGAAGAAAGGUUCGCAAAUAGACGACUUGCUAACGUGGAGCAAAAACUUGAAGAACUCAUCUUUCUCGAAAAAAGAAACAAAAUCAACCGCGGUCCAUCGUUUGAGAAGACUCCAGCGCAAUCGCGAAGAACAUACUCUGCACCUUUCCCACCCUUCAGACCUAAAGGCGAUGAGUCAGAAUCAUUCGAAGAUCGGUCUUAUUCAACCGAUCCGAAACUAAGAAGCGAAAUACGACGCACGUAUUCAGAUGAUCUACGCUGUUUUUACUGUAAAAUCUUAGGACAUAUAUCAAGAGAUUGCUGGUUUCGUCAACGAGAUUUCGGCUACGAGACUCCAUUGGAUUAUUUGGGAUAUGAGCGGCGAGAGAGCAGAUCCGGCGUUCGUGAUUCUUGAAGCCCAGAAAUCGAUGUAAGUAAAUGUUACAAAAUCAGUGAUGAUUACUCGAAGCUUCGAUAUUGUACUUUAGUCUUUAACAUUAAGUUUUGUAUACCUAUAACCUAGAUAUUAAAAAAGGACGUAUUUUUUC